AUGUCUUCCAACGAUACCACUCCGAAAGGCUAUGCGCCGUUUGACCUUUACCCUUACAAUCCAGCCCAGCCACCUGCGUACGCCUUCCUGGCUAUUUUCGGCAUCGCUGCUGUCCUCCACCUCGCAGCCAUGAUCCCAUAUCGAUCAUGGUUCCCACUACCAAUGAUCGUUGGCUGCGGCAUGGAAGCAGCAGGCUACUACUUUCGUUCCCGUUCUCACAACGACGUGAGGAAGAUACUGCCAUUCGUGAUCCAGCAUCUCCUUGUGCUAUCCGCGGCGCCCUUGCUCGCCGCCACCAUCUACAUGUCACCUCGCCGCAUCAGCCGCGUUCUCGAAGCUGAGCAUCUCAUUGUCGGCCGUCGGUGGGCCACAAAGGUGUUCAUUGUCGUCGAUAUCGGCUGCUUUGUGACGCAAGCGGCAGGGGCAAUUCUUUCCGGGAGCGAGGACCCAGACGAAGCUAGCAAUGGCCGUACAACCAUUCUCGCGGGGCUGAUCCUGCAGGUUUGCGCCUUUGCACUGUUUGUCGCGUGCGCUGUGAAAUUUCACACAUCCAUGCACUCGGCCUCGCUGUCCUUGGCGUCGAGCAGGAACCUCGCGUGGCAGAAGUACCUGUAUGGGCUAUAUGUGGCCAGCCUGUUGUUUGUCGUUCGCAACAUUACACGCAUCGUUGAGUAUCAGCAGGGUAGUGAUGGUGAGCUGCUCAGCAACGAAGUCUGGCUCUACGUCCUGGAUGCUGUGGUGAUGCUGGCCGUCGUGUUUGUCAUGCUGGUAUUGCAUCCUGGCAGGUUGAGGCGGAAGGCCCGAAAGCAGAUGAGUGUCAAACCUAGGGAGGAUUAUAUCGCACUGACUUGA